UCGACCGGUGUCGGUUGGUCCCCACUUUCCUGAGUGUUGCUUCCUGUGAAGUGGUCUUAUUUACCUGAGUUUUUGAAAAACUAAGAGCAGUGGGGGAGUAACGGUCGACGUAAGUCGUAAAUUCACGGUGCUUUUGGUUUCCACUAAUCGCGGUGUAAUUGAAAACCCUAAUGAGUUACGAUUGAUAGCAACAAUUAUAAGCAUAAUUGUGAAGAGUUUUGUACAUCCAGGUGGAGGCUGUUGUUGGUGGUUAAAGUUGCCAGUUACUUUAAAAGGCUGAGCUAUAAAAUAUGAUGUAAUAACCUUUCUGUAAAACAACGUAAAUCUGGUACAAAUACCGAUCAUUAUCGGAUGUUCGGAGAUUUUUAAGGUUGGUGGCUGAUGCGUUUUUAGAUAUGUGGCCAAUUACAGAUUUAUCUGCAUGAUGGCAACCUUGUUGGGGGUAUUACUUAUCGGUGAACAAUUCAUAUGCUGAUGAAAAGUUUAUAAUAAAUGUGUUCAAAGAAGGAUAAAAUCGUGAAGCUGGGAAAAAAAUGUGCAUGAUAAAUUAAAAUUGUGAGAUGAUUAGGUGUGCGAUGGAUUGCGCCAUGGUGAAUAAUAACAGUUAAAUUAUGCGGUUUUCAGAAUAUAACAAAAAAUGUGUGUUGGAAAAAGGAUUCAGUGACUGCGAGUUUGCGACGGACCAUUGGAAUUGUACAAAGUAUGACAGAUCGAAAAAUGUUCUUCGACGGUGAAAAGAUGCUACGCGAGGAGGAGGUGUUCACGUUUUGCGUCAAGUAAAAUCAACACGGCUUCUGCUGCUGUCGGCGAUUUCCGGUGUUUGGGUACAGAAAAUCAUCGUUCGAUCCGACAAUAGGCUGCUGGCUGUAAAAAUAUGCGUUCAAGUACGAAUUGCUGCUGUAGCCCCUGAGGAUGCUAGGAAUAAUCAGCCGAAAUAUUGAAGAAGCAAAAAGAACUAUCUAUUCGCUUGGCUUGUUUAUGGGUGUUUGGGAUAACCGAAGCCAACAGUGAUUAGUGGUGUACCUUCAAGCGAACGUGCUAAAUUGUGUUCGGUGCUUGUAGGCUCCAGGGGAUUGGAAUCUGUGAGAGUGUGUGUGCGUGUUUGACCCCAAAAUGAGUGACAUAGUUGAACUGGAACGCUUAAUCAACUGUACUCAAACGAGCACCCAGCGGUUUCCGUGGUCCACCGAGUACAACGCCACAGUGAUUGGUGAAUUUAACCGGAGUGAAAUUCUCGAUGUUCUAGGCGAGAUGAUUAUGCGGGCCAGGAACCAUCCUCCAACGGGAACCGAUUCGAUGACGCUUAGAGAAUUCAUCACCGAGUGUUUGUUUCCGUCAACGAAGAGCCCGUAUGAAUUGCCCUGGCAACAGAAGAUGGCCUGGGGUGUCGUGUUCGGUGCAAUGCUGCUGGUGGCCAUCACCGGGAAUUGUAUCGUGCUGUGGAUCAUUUUAGCCCAUCGCCGGAUGCGGACCGUCACCAAUUACUUUCUUCUAAAUCUGAGCGUGGCCGAUCUGCUCAUGUCGUCACUCAACUGUUCCUUCAACUUUAUCUUCAUGCUCAACUCGGACUGGCCGUUCGGGGCGAUUUACUGCACCAUUAACAACUUUAUGGCCAACAUGUCCGUGGCGUCAUCCGUGUUCACGCUGGUGGCCAUCUCGCUGGAUCGAUAUAUUGCCAUUAUGCACCCAUUGCGGCACCGAACGUCUCGCAAGAAGGCUCGCCUGUUCCUGCUUAUCAUCUGGGUCCUUAGCUGUGUGCUGGCUGCGCCCUGCCUGAUGUAUUCGACUGUAAUGACGAAGCGUUAUCACAAUGGAAGAACGAGAACUGUUUGCUACAUGCUCUGGCCGGAUGGACGCUAUCCGACCUCGAUGGCAGAUUAUAUCUACAAUCUAGUGUUUCUGGUGCUCACCUACGGCAUUCCGAUGCUAAUCAUGAUCGUGUGCUAUUCGCUUAUGGGUCGAGAGCUCUGGGGCAGCCGAUCGAUCGGAGAACACACCGACCGCCAGCUGGAAUCGAUGAAAUCAAAGAAGAAGGUCGUCCGUAUGUUCAUCAUUGUGGUCACUAUUUUUGCUAUCUGCUGGUUGCCCUAUCAUCUGUUUUUUGUAUAUGCCUAUCAUAACAACCAGAUGACUUCAUCUAGCUACGUGCAGCAGCUGUACCUGGGCUUCUACUGGCUGGCCAUGUCCAAUGCGAUGGUCAAUCCCAUCAUCUAUUACUGGAUGAACGGCAGAUUUCGAGUAUACUUCCAAGAGAUCAUAUGCUUCUGCUGUCUGCAGCUUAUCAACACCCGCAUGCAGGACGGCGGCCCGCCGGGUGUGCUGCUCAACAAGAACUCCAACUCCGAACUUGGUCGGUACCGGUCCUACCGGCAGCGAUCGUUCUCGGUGCGAUGGCGCCCGCAGCAGUAUCACAGUGCCGAGGAGUACCGGUUGCGAACGGGGCCCGCUGGUCCACCGCAGAAUCAACGGAAUCAUCUACUGCACACCGGACCCUGCCGUUCGGUGGUCAGUGUGGUUAACGUUUUGGAUAGCAACAACAAAGAGCAACAGCAGCAGCAGCAGCAGCAGCAAAUGUCACUAGAUUCGACCGCACUGGGUGCAAGAAUUCCGCCAGACACCACUUCCGACCUGCAAGCGCUAAACUUUCUACCCCGGUUGCCGGAUUCAGCGCAGGAUCUGGUGCGGCACCGGGAGCAUUCGUCCAGCAGCCAUGCCAGCCACGAGUACUCUUGACACCCACAGUACGAUUAAGCGGCCAGGCAGGGCCGGGAGCAGGUGACACUCGAUGGGUGCUUUAGUGUUUAGGAUAUUGUUAGGAAGGCUAUGCCUUUUCGUUGGCUGUUUAUUUGAUCUGUUGUGGACUAUGAGGUGAAUGAGUGACAACAUAUUCUGGAGAGAUGACAACGCUCUCUUAGUACAAUCGGAACGAGGUCAAGUGCGGACAGAGGUUUUUAAAUCGAAUUUAAAUUGAUAUGGAAUCGAAAUUUGCAGUGUUGGGCAUGAAGUGGUUAGCGAAAUGUUCCGUGCUCGUAAAUCAUCCGCUGCCUAACGAAAAAGAAAUGCACCAUACACUUAGAGACCAUACUUUGGUGCAUCCUUUACAUAACUAGAAAAAAAAAUUGUUAGUAUCGCGGAAGUAUACAUCACAAAAUAUUUGUUACGAUUUCGCGCUGGUUAGCCAGAGAUUUCAUAUUUUCUGCGAGAGUGUACGAAAAAGGGAACGUGGAAUUCAACAUGUAGUUAUCUAUGCUAAUACAACGAACAUUCUCCCCACAAAGUAGCGGAAAAUUAUUCAGACAAAGUUUUACGACAUUCAAAACGAACAUUGAUUGUGCAAAAAAAGGAACUAAAGAAUUUCAAUCAGAAAGUUUGAGCAUUUUAUUUAUUCAUUCCAUCGUUAAAAUGCGUAUGUAAUACAAAAGUUGUUCAUCGGAUUAACUGUGAAGCAUGGUAGAGUAAAACUCUCAUGCUUUAAAGAAAUUUCUUAUUAUCCUGACGGAAAGUUUCCACCACCACGAAGUUUGCACAUUUGUGGCUUCUAUUUCCGGCUACGAUCAGCUUGAACAGAAAGUUCGAGAAUCAUUUACAUCUUCCAAAGCACGUUUCGGAUUAUUUUUCGGGUUUUUAACCAAGCGAAAAAUGAUGAUGGUGGAGAGUAAAGUGAGUAUCUAGGUAUAUGUUCCUAGCCGAGAAGUGCACAGCAAACAGGGAUUACGCAAAUCUGAUUGAGUUCUCCAUUGCAGUUGUUGCAAGCAAAUGCAUUAGCAUAAUAUAUCUAACAUUCGGUGGUAAAAUCAACUCUGUCGUGAUUUCUUUCCAGCUUUUCUACAGCAUGCUGGAAAAGAGCUGAAGUUUUUUCAGCGGAGCAAAUAAUUUCGAAUAAAAAAAAGUUGUAGUAUACAUGUUCAUUCGAAUGCGAAGCAGGAAAAACUGUCUUCAAUAGCAGACGAAAGAACUAGUAAAAAAGUGAAACCGACCGCCACUAUCGGUAUUUGUGCUAUAGUUCUAUAGAGAAAGAUAUUUUAAAAGUGAAAUAUUUUCAAUGUAUCGAGGAAACAUGGAAAAAUGGAACUGAGCAAAACCGAAAGUUAUCUUGAAGUAAGAACAAAAGAACCCUCCCCUCUUCAGAGAUAAGCUACAAAUUUCAAAAACCCCUGGUAAAAUAAUAAUGCUUGUGGAAUGCGGAAAAAAACUCGGCACCCAUAAAGUGCUGAUGAAGAAACCUUCAGUUGUUGUUGAAUCACGAUUUAUUACAUAAAAUAAAAUGUUGAAUGAUUUUGUAAUAAGCUAGUUAUUACUCUAAUUUCAUUGCUUAGCGGUAAAAUUGAUAAAAAGUUUCAAUAACAAAUUGACGCCAACAAUGUAUCAAUUACAUGCAAGCAUUCCUAACACAAUCGACGUGAAUGGACACCAACCCCCUGUCCCUGUGAUAUUCUCUGUAUCAAUAUCGGAAAAAAAUUGACAGUGACUCCCCGUCCCAAUAGGUCAAUUUAUUCUUGCUUCCAUGAGCUUAGACUAAUAUGAUGUCUCGAAGGUAAAAGUUUUCCGAAAAGUAUGAAGUAAUCCCCAUUCUUGAACAAUCCCCAAACCUGCUGUUAAAAUGUAUUAAAAACUGAUGUCUUGAAAGAAAACAUGCUGGUAAGGGUGCCAAUCAUCGUAUGGAAAAAAGUGACCAGAAAAUUUCAAAAAAAAAAAAAAAACCCUAUACAAAAUGUUCACCUGCUCGAAAAAACACCCUGUGCAAAAUUUCAGCUCAAUCGGACUUAAAAUGGGGUGGCGCAACGCGAUUGAAGUUUGGCCUUUUUGAAAACCGAAAAAUCACCCAAGGGGGGGGGUGGCUUUACAUGAAAUUUCGGUUUUCGAAAUUUUUGUUUGAUGCCAAAUGACUUAAAAACGCAUGAAACGUCGAAUUGGUGUCAUCUGAAAAAAUUUUUUUUGCAAAAAUCAACUCUGG